AUGGCUAGCAAAACACUCCGAAACACACAGUCACUCGAUAACCUCGCUGAACCUGCCGCGUCAGUGCCAUCACCAACCCUCUCCCUACCACCGGCAUACCCACCUCUACCAAGAGCGCCAGGUUGGACUAGAUUUGCCAUUCCCACGAAGAGCGCAUCGCUCUCUUCCGGCUUCCCUUAUGACGACCAACUGCAAGAGUUGAAAAUAUCGCAUGACCAAUGGACUCAGUUCAGUGGUGAGAUCGUUGCAGCCUCAAAGCUCACAUUGAAGGAAGACAUCGCAGCCUGGACAACAGGAAUCACAACCGGAACAGUAAGCAGUGGGCUGCUGCUCGUGUUCGGUCCAGCCGUUGGAUACUGGCUGGGGAGGAAAGUCCACCGGGCCGCAAUAGAGAAGAAGGUUCAAAAGAACCUUACGGGCGAUGGGGAUCUACGGUCCAUUUUCCUGAAAUGGAACGAAACUGAGUUUAUCGCGAGGGGAUUUCAAGCUUGGCUCGACUUACCGAACAAAGAAUGGAGCCGGUUUCGACUUCAAAUUGUACCGUGUGAGCCAGCGACUCCUGCCGUGGAGGUAUUAGGCCCUCCUCUUGUUCGUCCAACAACAGGUGUUCAAGUGAAUGGGGUUCAGACGGCCAGGGGAAGAUCAGAAAUUUCUAGACGGUCACUGCCACCGUCGGCUGUGCAAUCGCCAAGUGUGGUGUCGCCAAUUGUCCAUUCGCCAAACGGGCAAUCACCCAACGGAGAAUCAUCGAAUGGGCAAUCCUCGACUGGUGAAUCCUCGACUGCGCACCAGUCGCGGUAUACAGACACAAAAAUCGGAGAAAUCAAGCACGAACUGCCCGCUGAGCGAGAUGUGGCAGAGUUGGAAUGA